GGUUCCCACUCACAUGGGGCAGAUGUGGAGGAAAGUCUCUGUGGGCGAGGGAUGUGAUUGCUCCUCCAGCAGUGCAGUCCUCCUGCCCCGUCUCAGCCGUGCCUGGCACCCCAUCACAGAGCCCUCACGCUGUGAUGGGAUUAGUGCCCAAUGCAGUCACUCCGGAUUCCUGCCUGUAAAAAGCCAGCCCCAGCACUUUUGCUUUCAGUUUUCCCCUUUUCCAGUGCCUAACCCUCCCCAAAGACUCCUUCCUGCCUCCAUCUGGAAGCUCUAGCCAACAUCUGGGGCAAGCCCCUGGCUUGUGCAGCAGCUGCCACUGGGUCCAGCACCAGCACCUGGUCCUCUCCAUGCUCUGCUGUCUGUCAUUCCCACCAAUUUAUCAUUUUUAUAACUGUUAUUUCCCCUGAAAGCUCUGCUCUCCCCCUGCAGCUGAUGUGAAGGCAAAUUUGAGCGAAUCCAUGACAGUGGUGAGGAUGGCCCAGCAACCACCCCCGGAGGAAGAGGCCAAAGUUGAUGUCAGCAGUGAGGGCUCCACCCUGGCCACCUCAAGCACCCACUCAGCCCCAGAGAAGCUGAAAGAGGCACAAGUGGAUGAAAAAGUUGCUGCUGGCCGUGCUUCCAAAAUCCGGGUAAAACUGAAGCUCCUGCCAAAGAAGAAGGUUGAAAAACCCCUCCCAAAGAAGACAAGAAGUGAACAGAUCCCUCAGAUGAGAGCUGAGUGUGAAGCCGUGAGGAACAUGACAAAGAAGCAAUGGAAAGCAUUCUCCGAUGCCUUCAACUUCUUCCCCAAAGACACGGACGGCAAUAUUAACCGCAACAGCCUGGAGGUGACUGCUCAGCAGCUGGGGAUUAGCUUGGCCGGCCAGGAGGCUUACAGCAAGCUGGAGUGUGCAGAAGCUGAUGGACAAAAGGCGAUGAAUUUCUCAGACUUUCUGACCACCGUUACUGACAAGAACUGCUUUAUCCAGACAGUAUUCCCUGAGAAAAGUGAUCCAGGCAGCUUCGAUUCUGUCGAUGCCAGAGGAAUCCUCCUCUGCAAAGUCUUGCUGAAGAUGGUGGAGUUGGAAGCUCUGCCUCGGAAAACUCUUCUUCAGAUUGCCAGUUACUACCAGCAGUUUAGGGACUACAUUGGCCACAUAGACUGGAUGGAUGCUGAUUUUCUCACGAGUUACAGAAAGCACAACAGUUACAGGAAGCACAACAACAAAACUAGGAAAGACCUGGUUUAUCCUAUGUCUUCCUUUGUAAGUGCUGCCCGCAUCUCAAUGAUGAAGGAAAAAGAGGCAGCAAUUUAUAUGGAACAACUCAAAGAAUCUGCACCCCGUUCAAGCAGCCCGUAUGCUCAGGUACCCGUCUUCCCACUAAUUUUGAAUGAAGACACAAAGGCACUCUUGAAGAGGAAAAAAAACAUGCAGAAGCUGGUGAUGCAGAGAAAGAAAGAGCCAGUAGAUUCAACAGAGAGCCACUCCAUCCGAAAGAGAAACCUUGUGCAGGAGGCCGCUACCCUCCAGCCUCCUGCUCACAGCAGAAAGCAGAAACGCUGCCCCACCAUGAGCUCAGAGCACCUGAACAGACAGCGGCACCCAAAAACAGGCAACGAGGGCAAGACACGAGCACACGAGGCGCAGGUGGCCCGGCAGUACCAGCGCGACCUGGCCCUCCGCCAGCGCGCCAGCCUGCUGCGGCUGUGGCAGAGGAUCGGUGGGGCUGAGAUUGGGCGGCAGGCGGGCAGCAAGCGCUUCCACCACACCUUCUCCACCUACUCCUGGUCGUGGAACGCGUGCCAGGAGCUGGUGACCGCCGACGAGCUGCAGGCGCUGGACCGCCUCAACCGCCGCCAUCGCCGGGCCACCAGGCAGGCGACGGCCACCAAAUGGACGUUCCUGGAGCCCACCAGAACCCGCUGAAAGCGCCGCACGGAGCCGGUUUGGUCCGGGCUUCGCCCCCACCCUGCCUCCUGAGGUAAUAAAGCGCGAAAUAAGAGCCGA